AUGGCCACUUCUUCCUCUGAUAGUUUUCCAAUAGCCAUCAAUGCCACCCAGCAAAUUACUGCACGUCUUACACCAACCAACUUCCCUUCAUGGCAUGCUCAAUUUGAGUCUCUCCUCCUCGGCUAUAACCUCUUUGGCUAUGUCGAUGGCACUCAUACCUGCCCACCCCUACCGAUGUCAACUAAUGCAGCUGCCACUACAGCUCAUCACCUUUGGUUCCAUCAGGACAAACUUAUUCUAAGUGCAAUUUUGACUUCAGUGUCCCUAGCUGUGAUACCACUCAUAGCAACCUCCCAAACGUCAUAUCAAACCUGGACAAAACUGACAAAACUGUAUGCUAGUCGAUCCAGGACUCGUGUCAUGCAGCUCAAAGAGGAUCUCACCCUCAUGCAAUGUGGCAAUCGCAGCAUUACAAAGUACCUACACUCUGUAAAAACCAUUGUCGAUGAGCUUGCUCUCAUCGAUGCCCCAUUAUCUCAAGAUGACAUCACCCUAUAUGUUCUUCAUGGCUUAGGAUCAAAUUUUCGUGACAUUGUUGCCCCGAUUCGAGCCCGAGAGUCUUCACUCUCAUUGUUGCAAAAUACUGUUUCAAAUUUACAAUUUCACUCUGAAUAUGAUGGUACUGAUGAAGUUAUUAUUGGAGAUGGAUCAGGUUUGCCCAUUACUCAUUCUGGUUCUCUUACUCUUUCAUUUCCAAACAGAAAAUUUCAAGUUGAAGAUACUCUAUGUGUUCCUACCAUUAACAAAAACUUGAUAUCUGUUCACCACUACACAAAGCAAAACAAUGUUAUCCUGGAAUUUCACCCAACUUAUUUUCUUGCGAAGGAUUGGAGAACGGGGGAGAUUCUUCUUCAAGGACCGUGUGAAAAUGGAGUCUACCCUCUGGCCUCAUCGCCUGCUGCUACUCCAAUUGCUUUUGUCCAUGAACGCACAUCAGCAGCUGGUUGGCAUCAUCGCCUUGGUCAUCGAUCAUUCAAAGUUUCCAUGCAAUCACCCACUGACUCAUCCCCAUCAGAAACCUCUUCUUUUUCAGGACCAAUUUUGCAGCUUGCUUCCAGGGAGCUUCCAACAAUCACACGGGCUCAAGGAGAUAUCCCCUCUGCUUCUUCGACUCCAAGUGAAGAUCCAGCUCUUGUGCAACCUCAAGAGGCACCACUUUCCACUUUAGAUCAGGUAACUCUUAGACCUUCUACUUCUGUUUCUCAACCAGAAAAUUCAAUGCCAUCCUCUCCACCACCAUGUCCACGAACCAUCAUCACUCGCUCCAUGAACAAUAUCUUUCGGCCAAAACAACUCCACACCACCACCAAGCACCCCUUACCUGAACCACCCGAACCAAGUUGUGUAAGUCAAGCUCUUAAAGACCCUCACUGGUGCAAGGCUAUGUCAGAAGAAGUGACAACCCUCCUUUAA